AUGUUCAGAUCAUUGGCCAGAAAACUGCCCCAGGCGCGGCUUGGCCGCCGGUUUCUGUCCUCCGACAUGGAUGAGUACGAGACGAUGAUUUACAAAAAACUGGCUCAGGAGCUCGAGCCGUCCAACCUGUCGGUGAGAGACAUCUCUGGAGGCUGCGGGUCCAUGUUCGCCAUCAAUAUAGAGAGCCCGAAGUUUAAGGGACUCCCCAUGAUCAAGCAGCAUCGGCUGGUCAACGAGCUGCUGAAGGAUGAAAUCGCCAAGUGGCACGGGCUGCAGCUAAAAACCAAGGCCAAAAAAUAA